UUAGGUGAUGCCACGUAAACUAAUGUGGUCUCCAUUCGUGUAAGUGUGUACAUACAUUUUGUGUUCUUGACGGCAUGAGUAAUAAAUAUAGUUUUCUAGUCUAAAUUGAAUCCAGUAUCCUUAGAAAGUGUGCACUAGUAAUUGUCUAAUUGAAAUACUUACGAGGUGAUAUUUUCCCAAAAAAUAAAUAUGGAUAAGCCAAAGUCUAUCCGAUGUAAGACAGCCGACGCGUUGGAAAUUGAUUUGAUAUUGGAAAAUAUUUUCAAGUACUUAAAACUUAAUGAUGUCGUAAUUUGUCGGACAAUUAAUCGAAACUGGUGCUACGUCGCGACGCCAUUUUUUAAAAGGAUGAUUUCCCACUUUGAGCUUGAUUUGUCGUCAUACGAAGUUCCCCCCGAACUUACUAAAUAUUGCGAGUACGUAUCUACAAGUGGACCGAACUGUGUGAAAUACUCGAAUUUCAAAUUUUACAAGCCGCCAAGCGGAGCCUUAUUUUUGGAAAAAUGUGGCGAGCACGUGACAUCCUUAAGAUUUCAGUAUGUCUUUGUGGAUUCUCUGGAAUUCUUGACACAAAUGUUAGCACACACCCCAAAUCUGGACAAGUUGGAAAUUGUCUGGUUAUCACUGGACGAUCGUUCUACAACUUUUCUCCAAGAUAACGUCACCUGGGAUAAGUUAAUUUUGCAAGUUAGGACGAUUUGCAUCACGCACUUAGACGGGUAUCCAGAAGUAGGACAACAAUUUCUGUUAAGAAUGUUUCGAGCGUGUCCGAACCUAAAAGAAGUCAGAACCGGGUCAUAUAAUGCGUCAUUUCUUCACCAACUUUUGUUAACAGAACGUGCUGGAAAUUUGAGUCAUUUAACCCUAGGACGAGUGGAUGAUCGAACUCUUGAAAUUUUACACACAAACAAGAACCAAUUUCACUUGAAGUUUCUCAAAAUCGGGCAACUCCAACUUUCCGCUGGUGAAAGAAAGAUGCUAGAAUUUCUACAAGUCCAAGCAAAUAGCCUAGAAAGCUUUAUCGUUUGUGAACUUUCGAACGUUUUUCCCCACACAAAUGGAAUUGCGCUUCCUGAACGAAUGCCAAAAUUGAAACUGUUACGGAUUGGUUUGAAACGUUGGGAUUCUCCGGAAGGGGAAGUUUUAAUGGCACCUCUCAACAUCCCAAGACAAUUCCCGGCCUUGCAAAAACUUUUGAUUUCUGGAUAUGGAAAGCAUAUCAAUUUGUCGGCAUUCUUAUUAGACAAUUGGGAUCAGGCGGCGCUCUCCGUGUGGGGAUUAGAACUUCCCGCGGGAGGAUUGUCGCCCCCAGACAUUAAAAAGUUAGGACACUUUCUCCCUAAUUUAACCGAAUUAUCGGUCGGAUAUCAGUCUGGGCAAGUUUUACGGGAGAUUUGGACUGCUUUCCCGGGCGUGGAGUCAUACACGUUGUCGGUCGGAUUGGACAAAACUUGUAACAUUGACACGACCGGAUUUCUAAAAUUGGACGAAAUAUUGACCGGGUUUAGUAAAAAGGAGAUGAAACGGGCCAAAAGGAUGUGUGGAGACGUGGGGAAACCUCGGUUUGAAGGCAUCACAAAUUUGAAAAACUUGAGGGAAUUCACUCUUAAUAACGGUCCGUUUCGGAAUCGAGUAGGAGGAAGGCGACUUAACAACGAUCGUGUAACCGACAUUGGAGCAUUUUAUGCCUUGCAAAAAUUGGAGUCACUAAAAUAUCUGGUGAUCAGGGGGCACAAGAUUUCGCAACCUGUAAUGGACGAAUUGUGUCGUGUUCGAGAGUUGUAUAAGGAUACUACAUCUUCCUAUUUGAGGUUGACGAGCCAUCCGAGAUCGCGAUACGACUCACCACACGUCAUGUGUGCGGACGACGAUGUGAAUUACGUCAGGACUUGAAGUGUGAAAAAAUAACAGUUUGUGAUUAUUUGAGUGAGAUUUCUGUACAUUUCAUAUCUUUGAUUUCUUGACACACUGCAACAUUUUUGUGGGAGGUACGGAGUAUGAGACAAUUAUUUUCACUGCUUGUGCAAUAAAUUAUCCCAACGUUUAUUCCAAU